UUAUUAUAAUAUAACUAGGUUAUAAAACUAUUAUGUUGCUCCGUUAUUUAUAUGUUAUAAUAAAUGCACAUUAAUACAACUGUUAUAUAUGCGUGUUAUACAACAACGGUUGCGUUGAUAUUAUAUAAAUAUUAUAUAACAUAAUUUCAAUUACCGCCGGAAUUAUAUAACUUCGAUAGCAUGCGUCAUAGCGGCGCGCGCAAGUUCGCGGUUUCUUAUUUCCGCUUCCGCUAGUGCUAUUAUAUUCGUGCCACGAUUACUGAUUGAAGACCCGCGCUCGUCCGUGGGAGAUCGUGAUCGUGAACCGUGUUCGCGGGUGUCUCGUGCGCGCAACGUCCCGUCGCUCGUGAAAGGACGCGACGCCGGCAAGAGAGUCGAGGACGUGGCUUUGAUUCGCUCUCGUACGAGAGCUAGAUAACUUAAAGCUCCCGCUAGUGACAUCGUGUCACGAUCGUGCGACGUGAUCGCGACGUUUAGAAGACCGCGCCCGUCCGUGAAAGAUCGUGUGUAUCACGUUCGCGGGUGUCUCGUGCGCGCAACGUCUCGUCGCUCGUGAAAGGACGCGACGCCGGCAAGAGAGUCGAGGACGUGGCUUUGAUUCGCUCUCGUACGAGAGCUAGAUAACUUAAAGAUUUUGAUAUCUUGGAUUCUGAAGGUUAUCAAAAGAUCGCAAGGCAAGAAUGUCGAAUUACAAUUAUGCGGUUGUACAGUUCCCCGCAGACCAAACAUAUUCAGAAAUACCAAUAACAUGGCUUAAAGAAGAUGACUCGCAGUGCUGGUGGCCGCCUAGAACAUCAAACUGUCCGCAGAUGAUUGCAAACUGUGAAAGUCCGGAUUAUAAAACAUGGGCCACUUAUAAAAUAAACGUCGUAAAAUUGUGCACAUCUCUUGAAUCAGCACGAAAACAUGCAGCAGAUUCACAAUAUCAGACGACCGAUGAAGACCGGUUAGGAAGAGGACAAAGGCCACAUGUUCCAUAUAAUCGUUUCAGUAGUGACGCAGAAGAGUGCUCAACAAACAAACCGAAAGUAUGUAAAAAAAAAACAAGUCGACAUUGUUACUUCUAGGCCACCAUCGUGUCCUGAAAAUUUUGGCUUAUCUGAAAAAGGAGCAAACCGCGAAUAUAGACAAGUUACAACGUCACAACAAGCAAAACAACUGAAAACGAACAACACUGGUGUUGCUAAACCACUAUCACAUCCUGAGAGCUCGAAAUCAUUUAAUAAAGGAUCAAACGAUGAACGUAAUAAAAUGUCACAAGGGGAUAGAAACGCCAAUACGAGCACUAUUGUCUGUAGGAAUAAGUCACCAUUGUUGUUUGAUGACCGCGAACCUUCUGAUGUAGAAUAUAACGAUGAAUAUAAUAGCGACGACUAUAAUAACGAUGAAUACAAUAACGAUGAAUCUAAUAACGAUGAACAUAAUAACGAUGAAUAUAAUAGCGACGACUAUAAUAACGAUGAAUCUACUAACGAGGAACAUAAUAACGAUGAAAUUCCAACGUCACAAGAACAAGACAAUCAAUCUUCAGGAUUUAAGGAAACUUGGCAAGAUGUACCCGUAAUAAAUUUUGUGUCUCCAUUGCGUGCUCAACAAGCUCUACAGCAGAAGAAUGACGAUAUUUCUCAUAUAAAACGCUGCCUACAGCAACUCUUACAAAUGCAAGCAGCAUCAAAUUUAACUCUCAAGGACAUAAAACAACGACAAAUAAAACUAGAAAAUGUUAUCAAAAGCAUUACACCCAUUGGAUUAAAACCAUUGGAUAGUGAUGACAGUUUGAUUGUGGAAUUAUUACCGUUGGCCACAAUAAAUAAUAUGAAAGAAUUUGAUUUUUUAUUAAAAACUUCAAACGAAGCAGUGACGCAAUUUAAACAAUUUUUAUUAAAAAUUGGAGGAAAUAAUCCGAGGGAGGAAAUAAUAUACAUCGUAUUCUAAAAAAGAUAUUUACCAACGAGUGUGCUGUAAACUGCUCUUGGAAGGGUGUACGAAAAAAUUUCCGGCUGGACAAUUUACAUUUCAUAAAAAUGAUAAGACGUAUGUAAAAAAUGACAUAUUACUUCGCACCAUAUGACGCUCACAGAGUCCGAAUUUGAAAACAUCGCGGCUGAAUGGAUCCGCUUCGCAAAACAGCGUAAGAUAAGAAAAGAAAAAGAGAAGGAUAAGGAGAACAAAACUUAAGGAGCCGUUGAAGGAGACCAAGUGGUGCGGUAGCGUCAAUCCAUGCUCGGAGAGUAAGCCGAUCAUCGACUAUCAUUGAUAGUCAACGUGUUUAAUUCAUAAACAAUGUCUGAUAUUUUAAAGAGAAAUUCGAAUAGCUGACUCGCGUCGUAUCGCGUUUUCGCUUGUAUCACUGAAAUGCAUUUGAAACUCGAUUUUCACUCCGAGCGCACGGCGUUUCGAUCUUUUUUUGUUUUUGAAAUGAUUGAACAAUCGGCAUUGUUUGUUUGUUUGUUGUGCGGAAUAUUUCUACAAGGAGAUAGUGCCAGCACUCCUCGUUUGGACCAAUGGAUGCUGGGACUGUCCUCUGUCGAGGACAAAGUCCGCAUUGGUCGAUGUCCUUGAUCCAGCUUUGACCAGUGGGUGCUGGAACUGUUCCUUUUAGGAAUAGCCUAGCCUAUAAAUCUUCUAGAGGAACACGAAUACAUCUCCUUUUGAUGUCCACUAGACAAGCAUGCUCGUAAAAUGAUUCAGAAGAGAUUAUUAAACUACAGGUAUAAAUCCGAUAAACGCGUUUUGAUAAAGUGAGGGAUAGUAUAAGUUAUAUAUUAUAAGUUAAUUAUAAGUAUCAAUAUUACUUGUCAUACAAUUCUGAAAUUUGAAUCACAUUGUCGGUGUUCAAAAUAUCUUAUGUUCAUUAAACCGAGGGUAAAACUUUUUCUUUUUUUACGAACGCAAUUUGAUUUUCUUUUUACAAAGUUGUGAUUGAAAAUCAGAGAUUGUACAAUUGACUAGUUUUACGCGUUAUGAUAAAGUGAGGGAUAGUAUAAGUUAUAUAAGUUAAUUAUAAGUAUCAAUAUUAUUUGUCAUACAAUUCUGAAAUUUGAAUCACAUUGUCGGUAUUCAAAAUGUCUUAUGUUCAUUAAACCGCUAGUAAAAUUUUUUCUUUUCUUACGAACGCAAUUUGAUUUUCUUUUUACAAAGUUGUGAUUGAAAAUCAAAGAUUGUACAAUUGACUAGUUUUACUUUUUAUAGAGAAUUGGCUGGUGGACUCCGCAACAAAAACAGAUUCAUGUCUGAUGCUUAUAAUAGCAUAUACAUAUGUGCAAUUACAGCCUAUAUUUAAUUAUACAACAACAAUAGAUCUGUUUAAAUUGAAGAAUGUGGAAGCCACCAGCCAAUAUGAAAUUUAGAUUUUGGAAUAUAUGCGAUAUAUACCAAAGAUUUUAUAUGUGAGGAAUCCUUGAAUGAUCCUUGACUGGAUCAAUAUGUAUUGUGAUAAAAAGCUAUGAUUAACCAAAAAUGUUCAUUAACCAAA